CAGUGUCCCCCGGACAAGCCCCCCGCCAAGGCACAGCCCGGGCGGGAGGGCGGCUCCCGGGCAGCGAGUCUGUCCUGUGUAGCCGCAGCCUCUCCCCCAGCACAGGGCUCAGCGGACGGGGCGUGAGCCGGCCCCGGGAGGAGGCGGGGGCAGCGGCGGGACCUGCCCUGAGCUGUUCCGAACUUCCCCAAGUCCCGCAGCCGGGAGACGCGGGGAGCAGCAUGGCCCGACUCCGCCACGCAGCCUGCUGCUGCUGGGGGCUCAUCCUCCUGUGGGCGGCGGCCCGAGCAGAAAUCCGCUAUGCAACUGUAUAUUGGAUGAAAACUGAGAAAACAAUCCAGGUCAAAGAUAUAUUGGACAGAAAUGGAGAUGCCUAUGGCUUUUACAAUGACACCAUACAAUCAACAGGGUGGGGGAUUCUGGAGAUCAGAGCAGGCUAUGGGAGUCAGUCCAUAGGCAAUGAACACCUCAUGUAUGCAGCUGGCUUUUUGGAGGGCUAUCUCACAGCUCCGCGUAUGUAUGACCAUACUUCAAACCUGUAUCCACAACUAAUUAAGAAUCCCACCAUUCUAAGCACCAUUCAGGAGUUUAUGGGGAAACAGGAUCAAUGGACCAGACAACAAAUCAAAAAUAAUAAGGAUGACCCCUUCUGGAGGCAUGCUGGCUAUGUUAUUGCACAGCUGGAUGGGCUGUACAUGGGAGCCCAAGAAUGGGCUAAGCACCACAAGCAAAGACCCCUGAGUGUCUUUGAUGUCCGCUUCCUGAAUGCAGUUGGAGAUUUACUGGACCUUAUUCCUGCAUUAUUCACGUAUUCAGUAGUGGGUUGGUAUAAGGAUGACCCAGCAGGCUUUGGGAGAUAUCAGUGGGACAUCGGUCACUGCUCUGCUCUUAUCAAGGUUCUCCCCGGAUAUGAGAACAUCUAUUUUGCUCAUUCCAGUUGGUUUACAUAUGCAGCUACGCUGAGAAUAUAUAAACAUUGGGACUUCAACAUCACUGAUCCAAAGACUGUUACUGGUCGGAUCUCAUUCAGCAGUUACCCAGGUUUUUUGAUGUCUCUGGAUGACUUUUACUUACUUGGCAGUGGCUUGGUAAUGUUGCAGACCACAAACAAUGUGUUUAACCAAACUUUACUUAAACAAGUGGUGCCCGAAUCUCUCUUUGCCUGGCAGAGAGUCCGUAUUGCCAACAUGAUGGCAGACAGUGGCAAAACCUGGGCACAAACUUUUUUAAGAUGCAACUCUGGAACCUAUAACAAUCAGUACAUGGUCCUGGAUAUGAAGAAGGUUAAGCUGGAAGGAAGCCUGGAGGACGGAGCACUCUAUAUCGUUGAGCAGAUCCCAACACUCGUGGAGUAUUCUGAUCAGACAAGUGUUCUCCGUAAAGGAUACUGGCCUUCGUACAACAUCCCUUUCCAUGAAAGGAUCUACAACCUCAGUGGAUAUGCAAAGUACGUUGAGAAAUAUGGCUUGGAGUUUUCUUAUGAACUGGCCCCCAGAGCAAAAAUCUUCCGACGGGACCAGGGGAAAGUGACUGACUUGGAGACCAUGAAGUAUAUAAUGAGAUAUAACAACUAUCUGAAGGAGCCCUAUGCCAGGCACAAUCCAUGCAACACUAUCUGCUGCCGCGAAGACCUGAACCCUUCUCUCCCAGUGCCAGCAGGCUGCUAUGACUCAAAGGUGGCAGAUUUCCAUAUGGCUUCAGUGUUUGCAGCCUAUGCUGUCAGUGGCCCACCUGUAGAGGAUGGGCUUCCUGUUUUCAGCUGGAAACAAUUCAAUGGGACCAAGCAUCAGGGUCUGCCAGAAUUCUACAACUUUGACUUCGUCACCAUGAGGCCAAUCCUGUGAAACUGGUAUCAGCGUUGAUGAAAAAAUAUUUUUCCUUUUUCUGAAAACUUUCAUUCUCCCACAAAAUAAAACAUUCUUUAAGUCCCUGUGCUUGUGCCUUAACUGCCCUCUGCUUACCUAGCUUCCAGAGCUUUGUUCUAUGAGGCAAUGGGCUUGGGGAGGCACCAUCUAAUCAGUCCUGUAAGAACAUAGUAUCUUACAUGAGUUAUUCACAAACUGCAGUCAAAGAAUGAGAAUAAUGACACAAACCAGCAGUGAAUGAGGAGGCUCCUUGGGCAAGUCACUUCACUUCUUUGUGCCUGAAUUUCUCCAUCUGUAAAAUUUGGAUGACGCUUGCCUUCCCUUUGUAAGGUACAUCUGAGAGCCAUGGGUGAAAAGUCUAUACAAGAGUUAAAUAUUAUUAUUACAAAUUAGAGGCAGAACAGGUCCACUUCACAAUGAGGCUCUGAUAGUGCUGCUCCCUGGGGCUGGGUGGAAACUGUCCUGUCUACAGUGCAUUCUUUUCAGUAGUUUGUGUUAAAGCUAACGAUGCAGAAAGGCACCUGGUGCGAUUUUCCCACCAGAUGCCUAAAUGCCAUUAAAAAUCCAGCCCUGGAACCCGAGAGGCAGUCAUAUACAGAAGGGAGGCUUUGUAGAAACCUUUGGACUCAAACAGGCUGUUUUGUGGCUAGAUUGGCGCGAGUCAAUAGCUGUGAGGAAUAGUUUAGUGGAAAGCGAGGUAUUUUCCUCUCUACAUACAGGCAUGUGACUGGGCAGCCAGAGACAUGGAAUUUGUUACUAUCUUAUCUACUGAAUUGUUCAGUGGCCUUGUAUGAGUCACAGGGUAUGUCUACACUACGAAAUUAGGUCGAAUUUAUAGAAGUUGUUUUUUUAGAAAUUGUUUUUAUAUAUUCGAGUGUGUGUCCCCUCACAGAAAAUGCUCUAAGUGCAAUAAGUGCAUUAACUCGGCGAAGUGCUUCCACAGUACCGAGGCAAGCGUCGACUACUGGAGUGUUGCACUGUGGGUAGCUAUCCCACACUUCCCGCAGUAUCCGCUGCCCAUUGGAAUUCUGGGUUGAGAUCCCAAUGCCUGAUGGGGCUAAAACAUUGUCGCGGGUGGUUCUGGGUACAUAUCGUCAGGCCCCCAUUCCCUCCCUCCUUCCGUGAAAGCAGCAGCAGACAAUCGGUUCAUGCCUUUUUUCUUGAGUUACCUGUGCAGACGCCAUACCACCGCAAGCAUGGAGCCCGCUCAGGUAACCGUCACCGUAUGUCUCCUGGGUGCUGGCAGACGUGGUACUGCAUUGCUACACAGCAGCAGCAACCCAUUGCCUUGUGGCAGCAGACGGUGCAAUAGGACUGGUAGCUGUCAUCGUCAUGUCCGAGGUGCUCCUGCUCGCCUCUGUGAGGUCGAUCAGGAGCGCCAGGGCAGACGUGGGCGCAGGGACUAAAUUUGGAGUGACUUGACCAGGUCAUUCUGUUUAGUCCUGCAGUCAGUCCUAUUGAACCAUCUUAUGGUGAGCAGGCAGGCAAUACGGAUUGCUAGCAGUCCUACUGUACCAUCUUCUGCCAGGCAGGCAAGAGAUGAGGAUGGCUAGCAGUCCUACUGCACCAUCUUCUGCCAAGCAGCCAUGAGAUGUGGAUGGCUUGCAGUCCUUCUGCACCAUCUGCUGCCAGCCAAAGAUGUAAAAGAUAGAUGGAGUGGAUCAAAACAAGAAAUAGACUAGAUUUGUUUUGUACUCAUUUGCUUCCCCCCAUCCCCCGUCUAGGGGACUCAUUCCUCUAGGUCACACUGCAGUCACUCACAGAGAAGGUGCAGCGAGGUAAAUCUAGCCAUGUAUCAGAGGCCAGACCAACCUGCUUGUUCCAAUAAGAACAAUUACUUAGGUGCACCAUUUCUUAUUGGAACCCUCCGUGAAGUCCUGCCUGAAAUACUCAUUGAUGUAAAGCCACCCCCUUUGUUAAUUUUAAUUCCCUGUAAGCCAUGUCGUCAGUCGCCCCUCCCUCCGUAAGAGCAAUGGCAGACAGUCGUUCCGCGCCUUUUUUCUGUGCGGACGCCAUACCAAGGCAAGCAUGGAGGCCGCUCAGCUCACUUUGGCAAAUUAGGACCACAUUAAACACCACACGCAUUAUCCAGCAGUAUAUGCAGCACCAGAACCUGGCAGAGCGAUACCGGGCGAGGAGGCGACGUCAGAGCGGUCACGUGAGUGAUCAGCACAUGGACACAGAUUUCUCUCAAAGCAUGGGCCCUGCCAAUGCAUGCAUCAUGGUGCUAAUGGGGCAGGUUCAUGCUGUGGAACGCCGAUUCUGGGCUCAGGAAACAAGCACAGACUGGUGGGACCGCAUAGUGUUGCAGGUCUGGGACGAUUCCCAGUGGCUGCGAAACUUUCGCAUGCGUAAGGGCACUUUCAUGGAACUUUGUGACUUGCUUUCCCCUGGCCUGUGGUGGGGCCAUAGACGGAACCCAUAUCCCUAUCUUGGCACCGGAGCACCAAGCCGGCGAGUACGUAAACCGCAAGGGGUACUUUUCAAUAGUGCUGCAAGCUCUGGUGGAUUACAAGGGACGUUUCACCAACAUCAACGUGGGAUGGCCGGGAAAGGUACAUGAUGCUCGCAUCUUCAGGAACUCUGGUCUGUUUCAAAAGCUGCAGGAAGGGACUUUAUUCCCAGACCAGAAAAUAACUGUUGAGGAUGUUGAAAUGCCUAUAGUUAUCCUUGGGGACCCAGCCUACCCCUUAAUGCCAUGGCUCAUGAAGCCGUACACAGGCAGCCUGGACAGUAGUCAGGAGCUGUUCAACUACAGGCUGAGCAAGUGCAGAAUGGUGGUAGAAUGUGCAUUUGGACGUUUAAAGGCGCGCUGGCGCAGUUUACUGACUUGCUUAGACCUCAGCGAAACCAAUAUUCCCACUGUUAUUACUGCUUGCUGUGUGCUCCACAAUAUCUGAGAGAGUAAGGGGGAGACGUUUAUGGCGGGGUGGGAGGUUGAGGCAAAUCGCCUGGCUGCUGGUUACGCGCAGCCAGAUACCAGGGCGGUUAGAAGAGCACAGGAGGGCGCGGUACGCAUCAGAGAAGCUUUGAAAACCAGUUUCAUGACUGGCCAGGCUACGUUGUGGAAGUUCUCUUUGUUUCUCCUUGAUGAAACCCCCCGCCCCUUGGUUCACUCUACUUCCCUGUAAGCUAACCACCCUCC